AUGAGUAGUAGAUUUAAGCAAUCGGGGAAGACUAUUAGUAGGUACUUCAAUUCAAUCUUGGAUGGAGUGAUAAGAUUACAAGGUAGACUUUUGAAGGUGCCGGAACCCAUACCUGAUAAUUGCACCGAUAAUAGAUGGAGAUGGUUUAAGAAAUGCUUGGGGGCGUUGGAUAGGACUUACAUUAGGGUUUGUGUCCCUGAACAAGAUAAACCAAGAUAUCGAACACGAAAGGGGGAGGUUGCAACCAAUGUAUUAGGGGAAGGAUUUGCGUCAGAUUCUAGGGUAUUACGAGAUGCAAUUAGUAGACCAACAAGAUUAAGAGUUCCUACAGGAUGUUAUUAUCUUGUGGAUGAUGGGUACACAAAUGGUCAAGGAUAUCUGGCUCCUUAUAGGGCUUGUUGCCUAUUACUUAAUCUUAUUUGUGGCGAGAUGGCUGUUGAUCCAUUGGAGAAUGAAUUGAAUGGUACUGAAAAUGGGGAAACUAACCAAGAUGGUGAUGUACUUGGCACUAUUGAACCUUUAGAUCAAUGGACUGCAUGGAGGGAUAAUUUGGCUAUGCAAAUCGAUGAAGCAUGGAACACUUAUGUGCAGGUUAGUACACUUGUUAAGUUGAAGAAUAUAUUUGGGAAGGAUCGAGCAACUGGUAGAUGGUCUGCAACUCCCAUUGAAAUGAUGAAUGAGCCUAUGCAUCACAUUGAUGUCAAUGAUGAUGAUGAGGAAGUUGAGGUUGAACCAGAUCAUUCUGCCUCUUUGCCAAGAUCAAAUCAACAAAACUCAGCUAGCUCAAGCAGUCGACAUCGCAAACGAAAUGCAGAUAUUGGUAUUCAAAAGGAAAUGACUAAAGCAUUUGGUGAGAUGAUUUCUGAGUUUGUUGACCAAUUGAAAACUAUAACUAAUAGUUUGGUGAAAGGAUCAGAACCAAGACCUGAUAUUGCUACUGAAUUGGCAAAGAUGGACAUGUCUAUUAAUGACCAAAUUAAGGCACUACGGCUAAUUUUGGAGAAAGCAAGUGAUGAGAGAACAUACCUGACAUUGGAUGGUACUAUGAGAAAAACAUUUGUUCUUCUCUUACUUGGGGUGAGGGAGCUGUGA